CUUUGACAAUUUCUUGUUUGGGUGAAGCGUGUUGCUUGGUUCCAUGACCUUUGACCCUCCCUGCGAGUAGUGGCAGCCCCAGCAGUGGCUGUGAGGGAGAGCUGCAACCGAGAAUAAUGAGAAAGAAAGAACAGCACCACCAAUCAGAACAACAGCAGCAGCAAGAGUAGCCCGAGCUUAGUGUAGCUCAAGAAGGGAAUCGCAAUCAUUUCACUCACAUCCACUACAUCCACAUCUCACCCACACUUAGCCUUCCCUCCAUCCUUUCUCUCACUUCUUUGCCUUUUCAUUCCUCUGUCACACAUUCCCCACCAUUCACUCUUUGCGCAGACUGCAAAAUCAGCUGCUGUUUCACCGGCAAUAUAAUAAACCAAUCAGUGUACUUGUUUAAAUAACAAACAAAAAAAACAGCAACAAAAAGAAAUACUUAAAAUCCAGCAAACAUGAUGGCGGCAGUUCCCAUCCAACAAAACGGGACUCACGCCUUGGUUCCCAUAGACCUGGACCCCCCGGAUUCCAGAAAAAGACCGCUAGAAGCCCCUCCUGAAGCAGUGAGCACCAAAAGGACGAACACCGGUGAAGAUGGCCAGUUUUUUUUUAAAGUCCUCAUACCCAGUUAUGCUGCUGGAUCUAUUAUUGGAAAGGGAGGACAGACCAUUGUUCAACUGCAGAAAGAGACUGGGGCUACCAUCAAGCUGUCCAAAUCCAAAGACUUUUAUCCAGGUACAACAGAGCGGGUUUGCUUGAUCCAAGGGACAGUUGAAGCUCUGAAUGCAGUUCAUGGCUUUAUUGCUGAGAAGAUACGGGAAAUGCCUCAGAAUAUUGCAAAAACAGAGCCAGUUAGCAUUUUACAGCCACAGACCACCGUGAAUCCAGAUCGAAUCAAACAAACAUUGCCAUCUUCCCCAACUACCACCAAGUCCUCUCCAUCUGAUCCCAUGACCACCUCCAGAACCAAUCAGGUGAAGAUAAUUGUACCAAACAGCACAGCAGGGCUUAUUAUUGGUAAGGGUGGUGCAACAGUGAAGGCAAUCAUGGAACAGUCUGGGGCAUGGGUGCAGCUUUCUCAGAAACCUGAUGGCAUCAACUUACAAGAGAGGGUUGUCACAGUAAGUGGGGAACCAGAACAAAACCGAAAAGCUGUGGAACUUAUCAUCCAGAAGAUCCAGGAAGAUCCACAGAGCGGCAGCUGCCUGAAUAUAAGCUAUGCUAAUGUUACAGGUCCAGUAGCCAACUCCAACCCAACUGGAUCUCCAUACGCAAAUACUGCUGAAGUGUUACCAACUGCCGCAGCUGCUGCAGGACUGCUAGGACAUGCUAAUCUUGCUGGGGUCGCAGCCUUUCCAACAGUUCUUUCUGGCUUCACCGGCAAUGAUCUAGUUGCCAUCACUUCUGCACUAAAUACUUUAGCUAGCUAUGGGUAUAACCUCAACACAUUAGGUGUCGGUCUAAGUCAGGCUGCAGCCACAGGGGCAUUAGCUGCAGCAGCUGCCAGUGCCAAUCCUGCAGCGGCAGCAGCUGCCAAUUUGCUAGCCACAUAUGCGAGUGAGGCAUCAGCUGGUGGUACUCCCGGUGGUGCAGCAGGGACAUUUGCAUUAGGUAGCCUUGCAGCUGCAACUGCUGCAACCAAUGGAUAUUUUGGUGCGGCUUCUCCACUAACAGCUAGUGCCAUUCUUGGAACAGAAAAGUCAACAGAUGGAUCAAAAGAUGUUGUCGAAAUAGCAGUACCAGAAAACCUAGUUGGUGCAAUCCUUGGGAAAGGAGGUAAAACUUUAGUGGAAUACCAGGAGUUGACUGGUGCUCGCAUACAGAUAUCCAAAAAAGGAGAGUUUGUUCCUGGCACAAGAAAUCGAAAAGUAACCAUUACUGGAACACCAGCUGCCACUCAAGCUGCACAGUAUUUAAUAACACAAAGGAUCACAUAUGAGCAAGGUGUUCGAGCUGCUAACCCACAGAAGGUGGGUUGAUUGACCAGACUUACAGUGAGAUUAUGUUUAACCCAAGAUUAUGUUUAACCCCUCCUAUUUCUGUUUUCAUGAAGGAUGUACUGUAUUUUGGAGAAGUGAGGUUUUACUGUUAUUAAUAUAUAAUAUGCAAAUGAAUGCGAGUAUGUUGAAAAUGUGUAUAUGUAAAUAAUAUGUGUUUUAUCAGAUGUUUCAUAGAGAAAUUUUUCUUGAUAUGUUUUUUUGUUCUCUAUACUUUGCUUGUGUAUAUUUGUCUAAAGUGUUUCUAGUGUAAGAAGAUUUAAGCCUGCCAUUUUACCAGCAUUAUUGUAGUUUAAUAAUUGAAUGUAGACAGGGACAUGCAUAUAGUUUUCAGUAUUAGUCAAAAUAGAUGACAUUAAAUAAAUAAACUACUGUUAGUUAGGGUCUGGUGGGGGUCAGUGACCUAAAAUGGAGUGAGGCCAAAGCACUGUCAUGACAGUCUUACUUCCUGCUUAGGGCACAGUGAAGUAGGAAAAAUAUUUUGAAAAUAUGUUUUAAAAUUAAAAAUCUUGAAAAGCAAUAUUGUUGCAAAAAAGCACUGUAAAAUAUUUAAAAGGUUAAAACUGUGGAACAUUUUAUUGGUAAGUUUACAAAUCAACAAAAGCACCUGUUCUCCAUCUGAAAUACACAGUGGAAAUAAUGCUGCAUGCUGGCCUCGACUCAUGUUCACCAUUAUGUCCUGACAGACGUCCAGCUGAAGUUGUCAAGUCCCACCUCUUGUGAGGAUUGUACAUUUGUUUAAAGCACUGAUUCACUACUGAACCCAUUGCCUGGCCAGUAGAACAGUCAUUACUACCAUUAACAUCUUUCACUGUCUAGACACAUAACUGUGGUUUAUACAGUGUAUUGGAGAUUUUAUAAACAAAAUGAGAAAGUGCCAACAAGUUAAUGAUAGCCGAUGUUUUAUUAUCUGCAACUGCUUGACAAGUAUGUUGCAUUUUUAGAGCUUACAAAUGUGUAUAAUUUAACACUAGAAACUUCUUCUUAGUAUUGUGAAUGUAGAGUUUACUGUGAAGCUAUCUGUGAUUUUAACUGUUCACUCCCAUGAAGGAGUCUUGGCAGCAUGGCACUAGCAGCCAGAACAGUUUCUAAUAAUCAGUAACUUGCAUGUUUUGUGGAGCAUUUUUAUGUCACCAACCAAACAGUAUUUUCCUGCAUGUUUGUUUAGAAGGGCAGUUAAGCUUAAGAGGUAGGGUAGUCUACCUUUAAGAUUUACGAUAGGUCAUUUUAGAUUACGCCUUUGUUCCCAAGGUCCAACAACUAUCACACUCCUCUUCUGUACCUCUCCUGAAUACCAGCUUUCCAGGCCAUUGACCCACCAUCUGUUAACCUCUGAGUUUACCUACUCAAAGCCACUCAUUGGGGCAUUCAUAUCAAAGCACCUUCUCAUGCUGUGCAUGCAGUCUUAAAUUCAGUGGACAAAAACAAUGCUGGCUACCUCUGGAUCAUCUGGCUGAGUAAUUGAGUUUCAAAAGAGAAUUAAUUCCAUCUCAACUUCAAUCCAUUGAUUUCGUCCAUCCUACCAAGCUAAAUGGCAUCCCAGCUGCUCCUUUUUGUGCAAGCAAUUAAAGAUGAAGUGUGAUGCUCCAGGUCGCAAUUUUGUCCUGCCUCUCUUUGAACUGUGAUCUUUGUCUCAUGAACGUUCCCUUUUGUUCAUUGAACUGUAUGAACUUUUUCAUUUCAUAUUGAGUUACUGUGCAAUUUACUUUUGGACAUUGAGAACUUAAAAUAAUUCCUUUUCCCCUUCCCCUUUCACUAUCAGUGGCUCAUUUUUGUCAGAAUGUACGAGUAGCAUUAUGUUGUUCAGUUGUAACAUUGGAUUAUUUUGUUAGAUUUUUCUGUCUCUAAAUAUUUUUUUAGAGAAUGAUUUAAAAGGGAAUGAUAUGCCUGUUUUACUGAAAGAGAAAAGAUGUAGUAAACUGUGUUAUUUGGUAAUGACUAUUUAUCGUCAAUAUUCUGUAGCUGUGUAAGUUUUGACAAAUAGUGUAUCUCGUGAAUCAGUGGUUAGCAUUGCCGCUAUUAUAUUUACUCAUUUUAUCAUUAUAAAUGUGCUUAGUUCAUCAUGUA